AUUCAGUUUCUCGGCCCAUUUAGGGAAAUAAAACAAAAUGGCGCGUAUUCUAUACAAGAUGGACGCUAGCCCUCCAGCACGUACAGCAAUGAUGGUGGCUGAUCUAAUCGGUUUGGAGCUCGAGUUAAGAGACUUGCACCCGCUGUUGAGAGAACAGGACCAGCCGGAAUAUUUUAAGAAAAAUCCUAUGAGAACUAUUCCUAUAUUAGAAGACGGUGAUUUUUGUUUAGCGGACAGCCACGCAAUAGCAAUCUACUUCCUAGAGAAAUAUGGAAAAAAAGAACAUGAAUACUUGUACCCUAAGGACGAGAGAAAACGCGCGACAAUCAAUCAGAGAUUGUUCUUUGACUGUGGUAUUUUGUUUCCUAGAUUACGAGAUGUUAUGGCUCCAACAUACACAGGAAGAAUGACAGAACUCCUAAGAUACAAUAAAUUAAUGAUAGACGAUGCGUACAAAACGCUGGAAGCAUAUUUAUCAGAAACGUUGUACCUGGCUGACCAUGAAAUGACUGUAGCAGACAUCUGUGCUGUUACUACGGUUUCUACCUUGGAUGGUUUGCACCCAGUCGACGAGAAAAGGUUCCCAAAAGUAAAACAAUGGCUACAAACGAUGUCACAAAAAGAUGUUUGCAAGAGGAUCAACGAGGACGGGUACAAGAUGCAAGUUUUUAACUUGAAAGCUACAAUGGAAAUUAAUAAAGAAAAACAAGUGGAUGGAGCUCAUAAUAACCGAUGUCCGCUGGCCUUCAUCUCUUUGGGUGAUUACAAGGAUCCAGUCUAA